UGGUUCCGGUGUGCUACGGCGGCUCGGAGGGCUGCAGGCUCGCAGUUAGCGACGCUGACGAUGGGAGAGGUGGUUUGCGAGGAGCUCGAAGAUUUAGUCCAUUUUUCAGUGCACGACCUGCCGGGCAGAGGUUAUGUCGUCAUGGAGGAAAUUCGACGGCAGGGGAAACUCUGUGACGUCACGCUCAAGGCGGGGGAGCACAAAUUCAGCGCCCACCGCAUCGUGUUGGCGGCCUCCAUCCCUUACUUUCAUGCCAUGUUCACCAAUGACAUGGUGGAGUGUAAACAAGAUGAAAUACUCAUGCAAGGAAUGGACCCCAGCGCUCUGGAAGCGCUGAUCAACUUCGCAUACAGCGGCCACGUGGCCAUCGACCAGCAGAACGUUCAGGCCCUCCUGAUCGGCUCCAGCUUCCUGCAGCUGCAGAACGUCAAAGACGCUUGCUGCUCCUUCCUGCGGGACAGGUUGCAUCCGAAGAACUGUUUGGGGGUGCGUCAGUUUGCGGAGACCAUGAUGUGCGCUACCCUUUACGACUCGGCCAACAACUUCCUGCACCGGCACUUCGUGGACGUGUCCCUGUCGGAGGAGUUCCUCACCCUGAGGACCGACGAGCUGCUGGAGCUCGUCGCCUGCGAUGAACUCAAUGUGAAAACUGAGGAGCAGGUGUUUGAGGCGGCGCUGUCUUGGGUCCAUCACGAUCGCGUCAACCGGGAAUCUUUGCUGCCGGAGCUGCUCUCCAAGAUCCGAUUGCCGCUUUGUCGUCCUCAGUUCCUGACGGAGCGAGUCCAGCAGGAAGAACUUGUGCGCUGCUGCCAUAAAUGCAGAGACCUCCUGGAUGAGGCCAAAGACUUCCACCUGAUGUUGGAGCGUCGCCCUCACCUUCCCGCCUUCAAGACGCGUCAGAGGUGCUGCACGUCCAUCAUGGCGCUCAUCUAUGCCGUGGGAGGACUCAACAGCUCCGGUGACUCCUUGAACGUGGUGGAAGUGUUCGAUCCGAUGGGGAACUUCUGGGAACGCUGCCAACCAAUGAGGACGGCCCGCAGCAGGGUGGGCGUGGCCGUGGUUAACGGACUACUCUAUGCCAUCGGAGGCUAUGACGGCCAGUCGCGACUCAGCACCGUCGAGGUCUACAACCCCGAGACGGACGCUUGGACCAGAGUGUCCAGCAUGAACAGCCAACGCAGCGCCAUGGGAACAGUUGUGAUUGACGGCCACAUCUACGUGUGCGGCGGCUAUGACGGAAAAUCUUCUCUCAACUCUGUCGAAUGCUACUCACCGCACACUGACAGGUGGUCUGUGGUGACGGAGAUGAGCGCCAGUCGCAGCGCUGCCGGUGUCACCGUCUUUGACGGACGCAUCUUUGUGUCCGGAGGACAUGACGGCCUACAGAUCUUCAACACGGUGGAAUAUUACAACCAUCACACGAACCGCUGGCACGCGUCAUCGCCAAUGUCAAACAAGCGUUGCCGUCACGGGGCGGCGUCACUGGGCAGCCACCUGUACGCCGUGGGCGGCUACGAUGGUUCCGGGUUCCUGAGUGGCGCCGAGGUCUUCAGCUCAGCUUCAGGGCAGUGGAGCCACUUGGUGGCCAUGAACACGCGGCGCAGCAGAGUGUCCCUGGUGGCGGCGUCAGGGCGCCUCUAUGCCGUGGGCGGAUAUGACGGACAGACCAACCUGGGAUCUGUGGAGAUGUUCAACCCCGACACGGGUCGAUGGACCUUCAUGGCCCCCAUGGCCUGCCACGAGGGCGGUGUUGGCGUAGGUUGCGUCCCCCUGCAGCCCGCCUAAACGGGCCCGUUGCACCCCGUCGCAGCCGGCGGGUCAGCUGUCGGGUGAGGGGGCCGAGCGAGCCCCGGUGAGGCCGAGCAGUGUGGUCGCAUCGGCGACCGUAGCUUUAGCUGCUGGGGCUAACGGUUAGCAUUGUGCCCGUGGCCGUUCUGACCGGCGGCAGGCGCUGCGAUCCCGUGAUCAGGGUCGCGCGCUCACCGCUUCCUGUCGGCCGGGACAGGAAGUGGCACAUCUGCUUCAAUAUAAAAGCACCCAUCUUUGGUGCCAUCCAGCAAGGCUUUUAUUUUGGAAACAACAGGAAUUUGACCUGUGUCCUCAUAAGUCCCAAUUUAAACUGUGCAAAGAAUGUGAUCGUGGAGCAAAGUUGUUGAAAGUGAAAAAUAAAUGAAGUUGCUUAAUGGA